AUGUCGCGAGGUCGUGGUGGUUUCCGUGGAGGAGGCGGUGGUGCUCAAAGUGGUGCCAUGCAGCUCGUCUCAUUCGACAUGCUCAAAGAUCUGGGCUCCAUGUUCAACGUCAACACUGCUUUAUUUCCUGAAAUGGACGUCCCAAUGCCUCGCAAACCAAACUCGACAGAAAGCGCUCGAUGGGAACUACGCGAUGAGUCGAUCAGUAUGAUUCACGACACAGCCUUUUACCAAGUGCCACCACCCCCACCGCCAGACAUUGAACGGUACUCUGACAGAUAUAAGCCAAAGCCCAUAAAACGGACGCUGCGUGAUUUGGAUGCUGAUCUCGAUGCAUUCCCUGAAGAACUACAAAGCAUCAUUGAUCCCAGGUUAAGCAAAAGAAAACGACAAGCUCGAGAUGCUGCAGCAGAUGGUUUACGGGAUAUCGAUGCGCUACUUGCAAUGGGAGAAGAGGAUGGCAAAGGAGGUGACGAAGACGAUGAAGAAAAGAAGGAAGGUGAUGACAAUGCCGAGGAACAAUUCGAAGACGAUUACGAGGAGGAGGAAGAAUUGGUGGAUGACAACGAUUAUGCACAAAACUACUUUGACAACGGCGAAGGAGACGAUAUCGAUGAUGAUGAUGAUGGUGGCGAUUAUUAUUAA